UUUUUAUAUGCCAACUAGAUAAUUAUUAAUAAAUGCAAAAAUCACUCGGUGGACAAAUAGUCAUUCCUCCACAAUCCCCUUCUGUUAUUCCCAUUGUAGCUCCUGCUUCUGAUGGAGAACCUGUUGAACAAAAGACAACAAAAGUUGUAUUAAAACCUCCCUUAAAAGGAAGCCUCAAUGGCAAAAGACUUUGCCGGAAUGUUAUCAUUCACGGCUAUUGUAAAUACGAAGGAAAAGGUUGUGAAUUUAAUCAUGAUACGAACAAACCCACUUCUCCCCAAGCAAGUCCAGAAAACAAUAAUAAACUACGAGCCCAAUCACCUAUAUUUCAAGCAGUUUCCUCAGUAUCUGCAGAUAGUGUCAAUGCACCCGAGUUUGUCCCCCGAUUUUCAAUGGACUCGAAUGCUGCAACACCUAGUAAAGAAACGAAUUCUAUAGACUUUACAUUAGAUUCCAACAAUAAUUAUCAGGCAGAAGCAUCCAAUCUUGCAUCCAUGACGAACAAUUUUUCUCAGUUUGGAGUAUCCAAUGAUACACCUAAACAAACACAACAGCCUCAAUCACCUUCACAAAUUAUGUCUGGGCAUGGUAUGCCUCCUGCUCAAUUAGAUCCGUACUAUUACAUGAACCAACAAUCAGUGUAUCCCAGACAACCCCUUCAACAUCAUUUGUACUCUGGCCCUUCACCACAUGUUGCUAACCUUUUGCCGAAUCAGAGAACUAUACAAUCAUUCUUUAUACCUGAGAAUUUACGAGAGCAAUUGACUGAGCGAAACGAGGCGCAGUUGAUGACCACUCCAGCUCGUGAGUUGGGUUUACCUUCUGAAGUACACGUUUACCAUUCGCUUUAUCCUUUGGAUUCUCAACAAGAGGGUAAAUCGAACCAUCAUUAUUAUGGACACCCUUCCAGCGUAUAUAAAGCAACCUGUAGUGUGGAUGGUCGUACGUAUGCACUUGUCAGAAUUGAGGGAUACCGCUUAGUAAACGAAUCGGCCAUGUCAGCCAUCGAAACCUGGCGAAGAUUACGACACUGUAAUAUUGUAUCUAUCCGUGAAGCAUUUACCACAAGAGCAUUCGGUGAUUCAUCACUGAUAUUUGUGUUUGACUAUCACCCUUGUUCGACUACACUAUUUUCGACAUAUUUUGAAAAUCAGCAAGGACAGGCAGCCUUGUACAAUGGAUCAUCGACACGUUUAAUCCCUGAAAGUACAUUAUGGAGUUACAUCACGCAGAUAUCAUCUGCGUUAAAAGCGAUCCAUGGUUCUGGAUUAGCAGCUAGAAAUAUCGAUCCCGGUAAGAUUUUAGUAACGGGAAAAAAUAGACUAAGAAUGAAUGGAGCCAGUAUCUUGGAUGUUUUACAGUACGAUGGAGGAUUAAACGUAGCUAGACAUCAACAAGAGGAUCUUUUGGCGUUCGGUAAACUUAUUAUUGCACUGGCAUGCAAUUCAGUACAAUCGUUUCAAGACCUCUCUCAGUCAUUUGAUUAUAUUACUAGACACUAUUCAAUGGAUUUAAAAAAAUUGAUAUUAUAUUUACUUGGUAAACCCUUACCUUCAAAGAAUAUAGAUGAAGUAAUCCUUAUGAUUGGUCCCCAUAUUCUUCAUGAAAUUAACUGCAGUCAAUCAUAUAAUGAUGAAUUAGAAGCAGAAUUAGGUAAAGAAUUAGAAAAUGGUAGACUUGUGCGACUUAUGAGUAAAAUGGGAUUCAUCAAUGAAAGACCUGAAUUCGAUAUGGACCUUAGUUGGUCAGAAACUGGUGAUCGCUAUUUAAUCAAACUCUUUCGUGAUUAUGUAUUUCACCAAGUGGAUGAAAAUGGCCAUCCUGUCGUUGAUAUGGUUCAUGUAUUGACAUGUCUAAAUAAGCUGGACGCAGGUAUCGAUGAAAAAAUCAUGCUGAUGUCCAGAGACGAGCAAUCCUGCCUCAUUGUAAGUUACAAGGAAAUCAAAAACUGUAUCAACUCGGCUUUUACCGACUUGACCUCAGGAAGAAAAUAACAAUAAGAACUUAAAAAAAUUUGAAAACAAUUAAAAAAUCCCUUCUUAAAAAAAA